CCCAAAGGCCGCUGUAAUUCUUGAGGGCUCUGUCUUCGCGCCCCUCCCCAACGGAAGAGAAAAACCGAGCCAGUUGCGGCGCUUUCUCGAUUGGCAGUCGACGUUCGUAAAUGGCGACGUACCGAUGUCGAGUGUUCGUAGCGAACUGGUGAAUCGUCGUACGUGAUGACGGCUCGUUACUGAACCUCGGACGGCGAUGGGCACGCAAAAGCCGGAAGAAUGGGCGAAUUUACUGAUCACGCGUUUCGAGGAACAGUUGCCGUGUCACAGUGGUCCUCAGACCACCCACUCUCGUAUGAACGAAGAGAGGAACAAAAAAUGCCUAAUACAAAUAUCUCAAUAUCGUUUCUCUCUGGUAAUAUCCAGUCUUACAAAGAUACUUCAAGGUGUUAAUGAAAUGGUGCCAUGUAUUGGGGGUCAGCGUAUAUUUCAUAGCACAGAUCAUGAUCGGCAUUGCUAUGAAUCUGUAAUCAUCAUCUUAGAUACUUUGGAAAAAUGUCUUGCGAAUCAACCAAAAGACACAGCUAAAUUUGAUGAGGCUAUGAAUGUAAAGUUUCUGCUUAAAGAAAUAUGCCAGUUUAUAGAUAUACCAAAUGAUAUUCCACAAAAUGCUCAUUUACGAAAUUUGGCAAGUAAAGUUUUGUUCGCGCUAAGCUUAAAUUUUUUCAAUGCUGUGUUUAACAGAAUAUCUUCAAGACUUCAAGAGCUAGCAAAAUGUGGUGAUGAAAAUGCUGAUUACAGUGACAUUGAAUUAAUUCAACAUAUUAAUGUGGAUGUUUAUAGAUUAACAAGACUUUUAAAUGAAACAAUACAAAAAUUCAAACAACUCAAAAAAUCUGCGCACAUAGUUCUUAUGAAUUCCUUGGAAAAAGCAAUUUGGAAUUGGAUGGAUACUUAUCCACAUGAAUUUGCCGAUCUUCAAAAGAAACCUAAUGAAGAUCUCGGAAAAGUAUGCGAAGAAUUAUUUGACAUCCUUGAUACAUUCGCAGACAAUAAAAAAGGAAGAACUGCUGCUGUUUGGCCUUUGCAAAUUAUGCUCUUGAUACUUUCACCAAAAGUUCUGGAGGAAAUAGUUAAUGCUGAUUUUGGUGCUGCUUGUUCGCCAAGACAUUCAAAGAAAAAGCAAUUUAUCGAUAGUGUGAAACGAGGCCUAGGAAUGCAUGGCAGUUCUAAUAGGCAACUAGUAGAAGCUGCUGCAGUAACUUGUAUUAAACUUUGCAAAGCAUCGACCUAUGUAAACAAAUCGGAUGCGAAUAAUGUUAUAUUCAUGCUUGUUCAGCAUGUAAUGACCGAUUUGAUGUCACUACUUUUUAAUCCAGGAAAAUCAUUUUCUCGUGGUCAAAGUUACGUUGCACAAGACAUCGACCUAAUGAUAGACUGUUUUGUUAGCUGUUUUCGCAUUAAACCUCACAACGAAGUACUUAAAGUUUGCUUGACUCUGACUGUCCCAGCAACGUACCAGUUUGUCUUGGUUAGCUCGUUAUACAAAAUUGUAACUCAACCAAGACUGCCAUGGUGGCCUCAAAUAGAUCUUCUGUAUUCUCGUAGUGCAGAACUUAGGAAUAUGUUUACUGAUAUUUUAAAUAAAGUCACACAGAGUUACAUAUCACACACGCCGUUGCGAAUGAUUCAAAGUUUAACGCUCAAAGGUAAAGAACAAAACAAGUACAGAGAUCGUGGUGAAGAAGUAUCAAGUUAUAGAAAUGUACUUUUAUGGAUGGUAAAACUUAUUCAUGCUGAUCCUAUGUUAUUGUUAAAUAAUCAAGGAAAAGCUGGUCACGAAAUACAAAGUUCUACACUGGAAUUAAUUAAUGGUUUAGUUUCCUUAGUUCAUCAACCAACAAUGCCAGACAUUGCUCACGAAGCAAUGGAAGCGUUGUUGGUGUUACAUCAUCCAGAUAAAAUCAAAGCCUGGAAUCCAGAAGCACCAAUUAAUACUUUCUGGGAUGUUAGUUCACAAGUUCUUUUCUCAAUUUCUCAAAAAUUGAUUCAACACCAGAUUGUGAAUUAUACCUGUAUAUUAAAAUGGUUGAGAGAGAUAUUAAUUUGUAGAAAUGCUUUUUUGGCACAAAAUAAGGAUUAUGCUAAUGUGGGUAGUCAAAUAGCAAUUUGUAAGCAAGCACACAUUAAACUCGAGGUUGUAUUUUUCAUGUACUUGUGGAGUAUAAACAUGGAAGCUGUUCUAGUGUCAAUGUCUUGUUUUUCGUUACUCUGUGAAGAAGCAGAAAUUCGUUGUGGUAGUGAUGAAGUAGCAGUAACUUGUUUACUUCCUAACUAUCAUCUAUAUCUUGAAUUGGCGCAAGCUUCUACUGUGUUAAUCACUGCCAGCGGAGAAAGUAAGAUAUAUAAUUAUGGACGCGCCGCUUUGCAAAAAAGAAUUAUGGCCUUAUUAAGGAAGAUAGAGCAUUGUGUAAAUGGUGUACAGCCUGCUUGGGAAGAGACAUUUAGAAAUUGGGAAGUGACUUCAGAGCAGUUAGUGAAUUAUCCUAAAUCUAAACUUGAAGACGGUCAAAUGGAAUCAUUUCAUCGAAGUACAGGAAAACGAAGAGCAUCGCAUCAAAAUUCGGAACAUGAAUUGGAAGAGCAAAUUAACGAAUGGGCUAAUAUGACUGGAUUUCUUUGCGCAUUAGGCGGAGUAUGCCUACAAAAACGUUCUUUGAAUAGACCGUUAUCAGGAAUAGCACAAAAUCCAGAUUUGAAAAAAGGUUCAAAACAAGAACCUACGUCUUGUUUGUCAAAUCCAAGCCAAGAAGUACAAUAUUGUACGCAAUUUGUUUACAGUUUAUUACGUUUAUUAAUUUGCAACAACGAGAAAUUUGGAAAUCAAAUUCAGGAACAUGUUAAAGAAUUAGUUGGACACGAAAUGAGCCCAGCAUUGUACCCGAUACUUUUUGAUCAGAUAAAAAGCAUAGUUGAAAAAUUCUUCGAUCAGCAAGGGCAAGUUAUAGUAACUGGUGUUAACACAAAAUUUAUCGAACAUAUAAUAUUUAUAAUGAAAAAUAUCUUAGACUCAAAAACGGAUCAACCUUCUGAAUAUCUUGGAAUGACUAGUAUAGAAGGGAUGAUGUUAGCAAUUGUCAGAUAUGUUAGACAUUUAGAUAUGACAGUCCGUUCGAUACAAAUCAAGACAAAAUUGUGUCAGCUUGUCGAAGCGAUGAUGAAAAGACGGGAUGAUUUAGCGUUUCGACAAGAAAUGAAAUUCAGAAAUAAACUUGUCGAGUAUUUAACCGAUUGGGUAAUGGGCGCUACUCAUAACAGAGACUUGGAUCAAGCUUGCAUGGAAGCAGUCGGUGCACUGUUACGUGGUUUACCUCUUCAACCGGAAGAAUCUGACCGCGGUGAUUUAAUGGAAGCUAAAUCUCAAUUAUUUCUUAAAUAUUUUACCCUUUUCAUGAAUUUGUUGAAUCAUUGUAACGAAGCAGCCGGUGAAGAAAAGGAAAUUAUGUCUCAACAAUCCUGUUUAACUAGCAGCAAAUUAUCAACCUUGCAUAAUGCUACUAUACAAGCAAUGAGUAACCUUCUCAGCGCAAAUAUUGAUAGUGGUUUAAGACAUUCAUUAAGAUUGGGUUACGAUCCAGAUCUACAAACGCGUGCAGCAUUCAUGGAAGUUCUCACUAAAAUUCUUCAACAGGGAACAGAAUUUGAUACACUAGCAGAAACUGUAUUAGCUGAUAGGUUCGAGCAAUUGGUUCAGCUGGUUACAAUGAUCAGCGACAAGGGAGAAUUACCUAUUGCAAUGGCUCUGGCUAACGUAGUUACAACAAAUCAAAUGGACGAAUUGGCACGAGUUUUUGUAACGUUAUUCGAUGCUAAACACUUAUUAUCACCCCUUCUGUGGAAUAUGUUUUAUCGCGAGGUCGAAGUUUCCGAUUGUAUGCAAACAUUGUUCCGAGGGAACAGUCUUGGAAGUAAAAUAAUGGCGUUUUGUUUCAAAAUUUAUGGCGCAAGUUACUUACAAAAUUUAUUAGAGCCUUUGAUCACGCCGUUGCUGGACGAUCCUACCACUGGCUUUGAGGUCGACAGUGCAAGAAUAGAUGCCAACGAGAAUAUAGAACAGAAUGGUCAUAAUUUAAUAGCAUUAACUCAAAAAGUAUUUGAUGCAAUAAUAUCAUCAGCUGAUCGAUUUCCACCGCAACUGCGAUCCAUGUGCCAUUGUUUAUAUCAAGUACUCAGUAAAAGAUUCCCACAGUGUCCACAGAAUAACAUUGGAGCUGUAGGAACUGUAAUAUUUCUGCGAUUCAUCAACCCAGCCAUUGUGUCGCCUCAAGAAAUGGGUAUUGUAAAUAAACCUGUGCCCCAUCAUAUUAAAAGGGGCCUCAUGUUGAUGUCUAAAAUACUUCAGAACAUCGCUAAUCACGUGGAAUUUAGUAAGGAGCAGCAUAUGUUACCUUUUAAUGAUUUUUUACGAGCGCACUUUGAAAUUGGAAGAAGAUUUUUUAUACAGAUAGCAUCGGAUUGCGAAACGGUCGAUCAAGCCAGUCAUCCUAUGUCAUUUGUAUCGGAUGCGAAUGUUUUAGCGCUUCAUAGAUUGCUUUGGAAUCAUCAAGAAAGAAUCGGCGACUAUCUAAGCAGCAGUCGGGACCAUAAAGCGGUAGGCAGAAGGCCUUUCGAUAAAAUGGCCACGUUAUUAGCAUAUCUUGGCCCACCGGAACAUAAACCAGUUGAUUCACACUUGCUGUUCUCCUCGUCUUAUGCUCGGUGGUCAAACAUCGACAUGUCGUCGACUAAUUUCGAGGAGAUUAUGAUGAAGCACAAUAUGCAUGAAAACGAAGAAUUUAAGAGCAUCAAAAAUUUGAACAUCUUCUAUCAAGCAGGUACUAGUAAACAAGGAUACCCAGUGUUUUAUUAUAUUGCCAGACGUUAUAAAAUUGGCGACACGAACGGUGAUUUGUUGAUAUACCAUGUUAUUUUAACUCUAAAACCAUUUUGUCAUUCCCCGUUUGAAUUGGUUGUCGACUUUACGCACACGUGUUCGGACAAUCGGUUUAGGACAGAAUUUCUCCAGAAAUGGUUUUACGUGUUGCCCAAAGUCGCCUAUGAAAAUAUUCACGCGGCCUACAUUUACAAUUGCAACAGUUGGGUAAGGGAAUAUACGAAGUUUCAUGAUAGAAUUUUGGCACCGUUGAAAGGUAACAGAAAGGUUGUCUUUAUCGAUAGCCCGGGUCGUUUAAACGAUAUGAUCGACGUUGAUCAACAAAAGUUGCCUGGAGCAACGUUGUCUCUCGACGAAGACUUGAAAGUUUUCAACAGCGCUUUGAAACUUUCUCACAAGGACACUAAGGUAUCCAUCAAAGUUGGACCAACAGCUAUACAAAUUACCUCGGCGGAGAAAUGCAAAGUACUAUCGCAUUCCGUUCUUUUAAACGAUGUUUAUUACGCCUCUGAGAUAGAAGAAGUUUGUUUAGUAGAUGACAAUCAAUUUACAUUGACCAUUUCGAACGAAACUGGCCCGUUAUCGUUUAUUCAUAACGACUGUGAUAGUCUGGUGCAGGCUAUAAUUCAUAUAAGAAACCGAUGGGAAUUAUCACAGCCGGAGUCUGUGUCUGUUCAUCCGAAGCUAAGAUCUAAAGAUGUACCUGGGACAUUAUUAAACAUGGCGUUAUUAAAUCUUGGUAGUUCGGAUCCAAAUUUAAGGACAGCAGCGUACAAUCAAUUGUGCGCUUUAACCGCGACUUUUGAUUUGAAGAUAGAAGGACAAUUGUUGGAAACAUCUGGACUUUGUAUACCAUCAAACAAUACUAUAUUCAUUAAACACUUGAGCGAAACUUUAGCUGCAAAUGAUCCACAUCUUACGUUGGAGUUUUUAAAGGAAUGUAUAGAAGGAUUCAAAUUGUCGAGUAUCGAAUUGAAGCAUCUUUGUUUGGAAUACAUGACACCAUGGUUAAAUAAUUUGGUAAGAUUUUAUAAACCAAACGACGAAGGUGGGAAACGUCAAAAGCAAGUUACAAAUAUAUUGGAAGAAUUAAUUACAUUAACCAUCGAGGAGGUAGAAAUGUAUCCGAGUAUUCAAGCAAAGAUAUGGAGUACAAUUGGAAGAUUGCCUGAUUUAAUAGACACGGUUUUGGAUAAUUUCAUUCAACGCAGUGUUAGCUUUGGACUUGGUUCUCGAAAGGUUGAAAUAAUGGCCGACACAGCUGUUGCUUUGGCCUCUGGAAAUGUCCAGCUGGUAGCGAAGAAAGUAAUAGGGAGACUUUGCAGAGUUGUCGAUAAAACUUGCACUUCUCCAACUCCGUUAUUAGAACAACAUACGAGAUGGGAUGACAUAGCUAUUUUGGCUAGAUAUCUGUUAAUGUUGUCCUUCAAUAACUGUUUGGAUGUAGGAAAACAUCUACCAUAUUUAUUCCAUACAGUAACAUUUCUAGUUUGUUCUGGAAGUCUGAGUAUGCGUGCCUCCACUCAUGGUUUAGUUAUUAACAGCAUUCAUUCACUUUGCACCUGUAGCUCUCCUUCUUUCUCAGAAGAUACUUAUAGAAUACUGCGAAUGAGUUUGGAUGAAUUUUCUCUUCCAAAAUUUUAUUUACUCUUUGGUAUCAGUAAAGUGAAAUCUGCUGCGGGUACAGCAUUUAGAUCUAGCUAUAAACAAUCGAAUGAAAAAGGGUACAGUAACGAGCGGAGUAUUGCGGGGACGCAUGAUAAAGAGAGACUUUCGUUAACCAGUUUAGAAAUUAUUACGGAUGCCCUUCUUGAAAUCAUGGAAGCUUGUAUGCGAGACAUUCCUCACUGUGAUUGGUUAAAAACCUGGACUUCUUUGGCGAAAAAUUUCGCUUUCUGUUUUAAUCCAGCUCUUCAACCUAGAGCUUUAAUUGUUUUUGGAUGCAUUAGUAAAAGUAUAACCGAUCAAGAUAUGAAGCAGUUAUUAAGGAUAUUAAUUAAAGCGCUUGAGAGUUUCAAUGAUAUCACUUUGCUCGAAGCAAUCAUUAUGUGCCUCACCAGACUACAACCGUUGCUUAGACCCGAAUCUCCUAUACAUCGAUAUUUAUUUUGGGUUGCGACUUCAGUUCUUCAAUUAGACGAAGCGUCUUUGUACGCGUGUGGUUUAGCUCUCCUUGAGCAAAAUUUGCAUACUUUAGAUUCGCAAGGAACUUUUGAUGACAAGACUUUAGAAUACGUCAUGAUGUCGACGCGUGAACCUUUGGAAUGGCACUUUAAACAAUUAGAUCAAGCUGUUGGACUUUCAUUUAAAUCAAAUUUUCAUUUUGCAUUGGUUGGCCAUCUUCUCAAAGGAUACAGGCAUCCUACACCAACCACUGUCACAAGAACAGCCAGAGUAUUAACCAUGUUAUUAGGUAUUGUGGCUAAACCAUUCAGAAGAGAUAAAUUUGAAGUCACACCAGAGAGUGUUGCCUAUUUAUCUGCAUUGGUGUCUGUAUCUGAAGAAGUGAGAAGUCGGUGUCAUAUUAGACAUGCAGUUACCAAAAAUGCAGAAUCUGGAAGUACAGACUGCCUUGAUAUUUUGCUUCCACAUAAUACAGAUACAUCUAGUUCAACGUCAAAUAAUCCUACUAAUCGCCGACAAAAAUCUUGGGAUUUACUUGAUCAGUCUGCGCUUACUCAAGCUCGGCAACAGAAACAAUAUUCGACUCAUCAGACCGGACGGAUUUUAUUUAAAACGCAGCGAUCAUUUUCUGUACCAAUUACAAAGGAAACAAAACCAACUGAAGAAACAGAUUCGAAGAAUCGAAGCACCAGAGUAAGUGUGAGCAAUGAAAAUAACAUAUUGCUCGAUCCAGAGGUAUUGACAGACUUUUCGACUCAAAGUUUGGUUUUAACUGUUCUGGUCACUUUGGUCAAGAAUUCAACUGAUGAAAAUGAACAACGGAUUCUUUAUGAAUAUCUUGCAGAGGCCUCUGUAGUGUUCCCAAAAGUUUUUCCAGUAAUUCACAAUCUACUUGAUGCAAAAAUUAACAGCGUCUUAUCCUCCUGUCAUGACCAAGGUAUACUGAAUUCUGUACAAGCUAUCAUACAGAACAUAAUUGCUUGCGAGGAUACAAGUCAACAGCAAUUACAUUAUUUGCAAAGCUGUGGAUUUGGUGGAUUGUGGAGAUUUGCAGGUCCAUACACAAAUUCGAACUGCACAGCGGAAAGCGCUCAGUUAUUUGUAAAUUGCCUGAAAGCCAUGGUAGAGACCUGUUUACCAAUCGAUGAAUUCGAUGGAUCAAGCGGUAAUGAAAUACCAAACGAGAGAUGUAAACGAAGUGAUGUUCAUCAACCGGAAAUCGCAACGCGAAAUAAAACUUCUAUCUAUGGGACUGAUCGAACGAAUACGUCUGGUUUUGCAGAAAAGAAAGAUGAAAUCACGCGAAGUACUGCCUCCUUUGGGUACAGAGAUCGCAGUAUCGAUAGCAGAGGAGAUAUUUCGCUGAAUUCUAUGAGCCAAGGAGAAAACACUAGCAGUAGUAAUAGUUUGCAACCUUAGCGAUUAGCAUGUGAACCUAAGAAACAGUGUGGUAAACAUGGGCGAAAAGGACAAGUUGGUCGGAAAUUGCAUCGGCAACUAAGGAACGCAAACAUUUUGGCUCCGUGUUACUGCUGCAACAUGUCGAAUCAGUUUAAUCCAAUGCCGUCCACCUCACGUUAAUGAACCCACUGGAAUGGAAGCCAAUAGAGAAUCGUUCGUUAAUAGAUACUCUGUUUUAUUAACAGUAUAUAUCAACGCUUGCGUAUUAUUUUGAAAUUUUCGUUCAAUACAAUGACUAAUUAUGAAUUUUUAAUCAUUCAGAGAGGCGUUGUAGAAUGAGCCAUCGUUGGCUUUUAUUGUACCGGUGUUAUUUCGUACAAAUAAUGUUUAUCGAGCAUAUGAAAAUUGUUUGAAUCGUUUAAAUAAUUUGUAUAGUUGAUCAGUGCAACUAUAUGGUUCCAACGAUAGGAAUUAAAUAUUUAUCUAAAUGUUUUUAUCUCUUUACAACUAAAUAUUUUUGUAUCAUAGAAAACUCUGUUUCUAUCUCUGAAGAAAAUUUAAUAUAGCCUCGUGUUGUUAGAAUAAAAUGGAUUAUAUACAUAGUUUAUCAGGGAAAUUUAAUUUCUUGUACAACUAUAAAGAAUUAAACGAAUGUUAUUUUUUGUUAAUACAUCGUAGAAGAAAAUGGUAUUUUAUGACAAAAGCUAAGUUCCACUUAGAAAUUGAUUACGAUAAGAGGACAAACAAAAAGGAACGACAUAGUUGUUACAUUAUAGCGCGAUGAAAUGAAAACUGUUAAAUAGAAAAAUGGAAAUGCGUUUAACGGAAAUCUGCUGCAAGCAUCGGUAAGAUGGAUCACCACUAAACAAGUUCCAUCGAAAUGGUAAUGAGCGGUGAUGCGCAGAGUGGAAUUUCUGUCACUAAGCUCCUUCAUGUUCUUUAAGUAUGAAGGUAUCAUUGGGCCCCAGAAAUUUUAAGAAAAGGAGAAAGCUUUAAUUUAAUGAAAUAGAAUACUACAGACGAGAAAAAAAUCCCACGACUGCGCAUCAAUGGUAACGAGUGUUCACGACGCCUAUGUAAAUAAAUAUAAGAGUUUUCUACGUGCAUUGAGACCUAAUAUCUCAAGAGAUGAAUAACAGCGAAUAUUUUAUGUUAUUAGAUACGACGAGGAAAUCGAAAAUUGACUAGAAUAGAAUUCUAGAUCAAUGCAGAAUCCUUUCAACAACAGUAUAUCAUUGUACGAAAGAAAACAUUUAUUCCAUUUUAUAUUUAUUUUUUGAGUGCAAUUGUAUUUUAUUUAAAAGAAAAAAGAAGCGACGAAGCAUAUACAUAAUAUGCGAUUCUCCUAAAGAAAAAAGAAAAAAAGAAAACGCGUUUACUUUUGAUAGAAUUUCGAGGGAGUCAGGAACUCGUCUCUCGAACAUCAUAGUAUAGAUUCAACCCCUUGCGCUUGCCUAUUAUUUAUCAAUGCAUUAACACUAGAUGUCAAUAUAUUUUUAUAUUGUUAAACGUUUACUAAAUUUUUAGCGAUGAACUUUAAUCGAAUGUUUCUCGUUUGAUGAAUAUACUUAUAUAAUAAUUUACAAUAUUUAGUCAAACUAUUAAUGGUAAUAUAUUAUAUAUGGAAAUAAUACAUGUUUGUAUUAUAGGUCUCAGAGAGAGAGAGAGAAAAAAAAGAGUGUCAAGGGGUUGACAAAGGCGCUCUGGACCAGCAUGCGUCCGUUGCAUCGAAGUUUCCUUUCGUCUUAGGAUGCUCGAGCAGUCGGACGGUCAUUUCUAGAGUUCUCUAAAAUAAAACACCAAUGAUUCUAUUGUCUACAACUCAUUAAAGUACAAAGCGAGACCACGUGUUAUUUCCCCCCUCAAGUGUGAAACAAUACCGAGGGACACUUUAUUAGUAAUUAGAAAGAAAACCAACGAUUGGUGACGAUACACAAAUGUUGGUUUUCUUUUUCUUUUCUUUGUCGAACGAUGGCUAAGAAUACGAAAAAUAUACAUUAAAUAUAUUGUCCAUCGAUCACAAAAAGUCCCAUGAGAAUAGCGCAAUCUGAUUGGUCGAAGCGAUCACAUCUACUAAUUAGGCUCUUGUAAAACUAGGGGAUCUCCCUAUUGCUCUUGUGUCGUCCCGUGAGACUUUUUGUGAUCGGUGAACAGUACGAGCAGUAGAUUUAUCGUAGCAAUAGAAUACUUGUAACGAACUCGAUUAUACGUUUGUACAUAGUAUUAUAAAUAUAUUAUAUGCAGGUCGUUUCGCAAAUUGUCAGAUAAUGGCUGAUCGAAAAUUCAGUAAAAGGUGCUGAUUAAAUGAUACACGAUUCAAUGUUAUAACUUUUUCAAGUUGGCUUUGUUUUAUUAAUGGUACUCGAUAUUGCGAAUCCGCACAAUUAGGUACGACACUUUAAUUACGAAUUUCAAUGGUUUUGUUUUAAUUACACAAGCACAAAUUUAAAGGUGCCGAAUUUUCUCUUAGUGAUUACUGUAAAGCUUACAGAAUACUGUGUGUAGAAUAUUUCAUACAGUAUAUUACAUUUAGGAAAUAAUAACUUAAAUUAAAAAUUAAAUAACUUGCCAUGUUUUCAUAGACUAUUGAUUAUUAAUUUUUAAUGUUUUUAAUGUAUUGUUUGACGAAAUGUUUUAGUAUUCUUUAUUUAAUUUUACUCCAAAGGAUCGACCCUUCAUAUAAUUUAAAUUUUCUAUGUUUGUGAAAGUAAAUAAUGAAAUUCAAUUUGUUCCAUAUUUAAAAAGAUAUUUAAAAACAUAACUUUUUAUGUAUUUUAGUGCAUUAUAGGAUUAAAAAUUGGUAUUCGAUAGUCCAUUGAAAACAUUAACAAUUGAUUUAUUUGUUAAGAUAAAAAAAGCGCAUGUUGUGUAAGUAUAUCAUAUCCUAUGAAACACUCUGUAUAUACAUAUAAAUACACUAUAUAAAUAUUUGUAUAGCACUUGCA